AUGGUUGUUCCUACUGGAACUUUCAGGAUAACUGAUUCACCACCACGACCAGCACAGUUUGCGCCAGCACCCUUGAAUAUAUACGCUGCCACCACGACCACCAUCACCACCAUCUGGGCCACCAAAUGGUACAAAUUUUUCACGGCGAAAACUGGCUACGCCAUUGCCACCGUCGCCAGCCUCUACGGAACAAUAAUAUUGUCUAUCGUCCAACUCAGUGCUGCGCUUGGACCCGCAGAAUGUGAACUCGCUGUAAAAUAUACGCUUCAAGAAAUACACAAAGAAGCCAAAACUAAAAAGAUCUAUCUCCAAACAAUUGAAAGCCAUGCGACUCAACAUGGUUAUUCCUCGGUACUGCUAAGUGUCGAUGAGAAUGCCCGAACAUGGCUCAAUACUUGGCUCGGUACAAUUCAAUGGACUUUUCAAAGUCCAAUUCGUCCACAACAUAAACGUAAAAACUGGUUUGUAGGCAUCACACUAUUUGAUACACCGUUACAAUUACCUGCAGAUGACACCAUCACUUUUCAGGCCUGCCGUGCUUCAGGUGCUGGUGGACAACAUGUCAACACAACCGACUCUGCUGUCCAUGCAACUCAUGUUGCAUCUGGAAUAAGUGUAAAGGUCAUGUCUGAACGAAGCCAACAUACCAAUAAACGUGUGGCAAAAGAAUUGAUUGCACUCAAACUACAACAACAGAUGGAGAGCCAGCAAGCCCAUCAGAAACACGCUCAACAUUUACAACACGCGUUGAUUGAGCGAGGCAAUGCUAUACGCAGUUUUAAGAAGUAG